CAGCACUGCUGGGCUGCACUGGUGGGUGGCACUGGUGGGCAGCACUGGUGGGUGGGCACAGGUGGGUGGCACUGGUGGGCACAGGUGGGUGGCACUGGUGGGCACAGGUGGGUGGGCACAGGUGGGUGGCACUGCUGGGCACAGGUAGGUGGCACUUCUGGGCACAGGUGGGCACUGCAGAGUGGCACAGGUGGGUGCACUGCUGGGCACAAGUGGGUGGCACUUCUGGGCACAGGUGUGGCACUGCAGAGUGGCACAGGUGGGUGCACUGCUGGGCACAGGUGGGUGCACUGCUGGGCACAGGUGGGCGGAACUUGUGGGUGGCACUGCUGGGCACCGAUCAUCAGGGCACUGAUCAUCAGUGGCCCUGAUGAUCGGUGCCGAUCCUCGCUCUGACAACUGCCGGUUCUCGGCAGUACUUUCCUCACGAUCUGACAGCGUGAGGAAAGUGCAGCCGAGAACCGGCACUUGCAU